CAAUUUUUCACUCCCGAGUUGCUCCCGAGGUUGCCUUUUCGAGAUCGAAGAACUUUGCCAGUCCACCACUGUCACCACAGGAGCUAAUUAGUGCUAAUGCUGACCCGCUCAACCAGUCAUCUCAGGAUACUUAAUUACAAACGCCUGCUCCACUCAUCCUCCCGUUUUCACAGGCAAUUAUUUGACCCUUCUAGUGUUGAACGUGUCUCGGAGGAUGUGGACGUCUGCAUCGUCGGAGCUGGCCCUGCUGGCCUUAGUACUGCGAUUCGACUAAAGCAGUUGGAACAGAAAAUGGGAAAAGAAUUCAGGGUAGUUGUGCUGGAAAAGGGCGCUGAAGUAGGCUCUCAUAUCCUCUCCGGAGCUGUCAUCGAGCCUCGAGCACUUGAUGAACUGCUACCAGAUUGGGCUCUCCGUGAUGACCACCCACUCACUCAAUCAGCAACGUCUUCCCGCAUGCGCUUUCUCACCAAGUCGCUCUCCAUACCCAUCCCCCAUCCCCCACAGAUGUCAAACCAAGGCAACUACAUCGUCUCGCUCUCUCGUUUCACUGCGUGGCUCGGAAGCAUAGCGGAGGAAAUGGGUGUCGAGGUGUAUCCUGGGUUCGCUGGCGCGGGCGUGGUCUACGCAGAUGAUGGGAGCGUCGCUGGUAUAAGGACAAAUGAAGUUGGUCUGGACAGACUAGGGCACAUGAAAGAGUCCUUUGAGCCUGGAAUGGAGUUUCGUGCCAAAGUCACCCUUAUCGCGGAAGGCGCGCACGGUUCCAUUGCUAAGGAGCUCAUCCAAAAUUUCGAUCUUCGCAGAAAUUCUGAUCCACAAACAUAUGGCAUUGGCCUCAAGGAAGUUUGGCGUGUAGACCCAACCCAAUAUCGACCUGGUGAAGUCAUUCAUACCAUGGGAUGGCCCCUUGACUUCAGGACAUAUGGCGGUGGCUGGGUUUACCACAUGGCCGACGGACUCGUCAGCCUUGGCCUUGUAAUCGGACUCGACUAUGCCAACCCAUAUCUGAGUCCCUAUAAAGAAUUUCAGCGCAUGAAACACCAUCCAUAUUUCGCACAACUCCUGUCUGGGAACUCUACAAGGAUAGCGUAUGGCGGACGUUCUCUCAACGAAGGUGGUCUUCAAUCUGUACCUCAUCUUUCCUUCCCUGGUGGUGCCCUGGUUGGUUGCUCGGCUGGUUUCGUCAACAUCGCAAAAAUCAAGGGAACUCAUAACGCGAUGAAGAGUGGUAUGUUGGCAGCCGAAGCGGCCGCUGUUGUUCUAUCUCAGGACUCCAGCAAUGGACCCGCAGACAUGUCACAGUACGAAACGGCACUGAAGAAUAGUUGGGUUUGGUCAGACCUUAGCGAGGUCCGCAACUUGCGUGAAAGCUUCCACACUCCCUUGGGUAUUUGGGGAGGUAUCAUAUACUCUGGUAUCGAUUCGUUCUUCCUUAAGGGGCGCACUCCAUGGACGUUCCGGAAUAGAACAAGAUUGACGGAUGCGCAACAUACUCAACCCGCGUACCGAUUCCGCCCUAUCGACUACCCUCUCCCGCAGCCUCCGUUGUCGACAGAUUUGCUGACUUCUUUGACUUUAACCGGGACGAACCACGCAGAAGACCAGCCUGUACAUCUCCGUGUGCGCAAAACUGGCAUUGAAGACAUCGCCCUUCGGAAGUUGCACGUGCAACGCAACGUGAGCGAGUAUGCUGGGUUAUUGCAACGGGCUUGUCCUGCCGGCGUUUACGAAUAUGUUGAAGAUGAGAUGGCAGCAGAUGGGUGGAAUGGACAUAAACUAGUCAUCAAUUCUCAGAAUUGUAUUCAUUGCAAGUUAUGUGAUAUCAAAGUUCCCACACAGGAUAUUACAUGGACGGUUCCGGAGGGAGGUGGGGGCCCCAAGUACACCAUUACUUGAUUACAUGAUUGUGUACUGUAGCUCUAGUUUAUGGUAAUACAAAGAUAGCUACACGGUGCACCUCUGUUCA